AUGGCGUAUUAUGUGCCCCCUUCCGAUAAGUUGCCGGAAUCUAGGCACAGUGCAGUUGGAGGUUGGUUCUUCGGGCCUCGUGCUGAGAACUUUGAUUUCUUGAGAAAAGCCUUCAAUUACAUCCUCGACACUCAGCAGAAGGCGAGAGAAUCCACAUACCCUGACGAUGCCGAAUUCAUCACCCCCGAGAUGAAGGGCACCGAGCUCUAUCAACGACAGAUCGAGUUGAUCAGGACGGAAUUGGUUAGUAUAUCGGAGCAGCUUGCAUCACACUCGAUCCCGUUCUGGUCGCCGAGAUACAAUGCUCAUAUGUCGAUGGAGUCUUCGAUGCCUUCUGUCAUCGGAUACUUGGCCGGCCUUCUUCAUAACCAAAACAACGUUGCAACAGAAGCCAGUGCCUUUACCACUGUUCUAGAGAAGAAGGUUGGCGACUCCCUCUGCCGAAUGCUCGGAUUCAAUACCAUUGUCUCGGGUAAAGUGGUCGGUCCGAGCGGUCAAACACUCAACUCCAAGACCGAGCCUGCUGGGUGGGGCCACAUCACCUGUGGCGGAUCCGUUGCUAACCUAGAAUCCAUCUGGGCUGCUCGAAACCUGAAAUUCUAUCCUUUGUCCUUGCGGUUGGCAAUUGAAAAGGGUCCUUUGAGCUUUCUCUCAGGCGCAUUCAAGAUCGAUCUCUGCAGCGGCGAGUCCAAGCUAUUCACCAAAUGCACUACCUGGGAGCUCCUCAACCUGAAGCCGUCAACAGUGCUGAAUAUCCCGACUCAAUUGUACGAAGAGUUCGGAGUAUCCCAAACAGCACUAACAAAUGCCUUCACGGACUUCUCUAUUCAGACCGUGGGAAAGGACUUUUUGGAGAAGCAUUUCAACGUCGAGACUACGCCUUGCAUGUUCGUCGGGACUACCAAGCAUUACUCGUGGCCAAAGGGAGCUGCUAUUGCUGGUCUCGGCAAAGCCCAGAUCAUCGACGUCCCUGUUGACAACCAAGCGCGAAUGGAUCCAGCGAAACUCAGAGGGAUGCUGGAGAAGGCCCUGAAGGACCAACGGGCAAUUUACUCUGUGGUUGCCAUCAUCGGCAGCACUGAACAGGGCGCAGUCGACCCGCUGACUGAUGUACUUGCUCUUCGAACCGAAUUCGAGAAGCGAGGUCUCAGCUUCGUCGUUCACUGCGAUGCUGCCUGGGGAGGCUACUUCGCUUCUUGCGUUCGUAGUCCAAUCACCGAUAUCGAGCUGGACAUGAAAGGGGAACCCGAGUAUGUCCCCAUUCUAGCACUUUCUCCGUAUACUCGUCAGCAGCUACUAGCCCUAGGAGAAGCCGACAGCGUCACGAUCGACCCUCACAAGUCCGGGUACUGCCCGUAUCCUGCGGGAGGUCUGUGCUACAAAGACGGCCGAAUGCGUUACCUGAUCACCUGGACCAGUCCUAUCGUGUUUCGUGGUGCGGACGUGACAGAGUCAAUUGGCGUCUACGGCGUGGAAGGGUCGAAACCUGGUGCAGCAGCUGUUGGUGCUUGGCUCUCGCACCGAGUACUUGGUCUGAACAAAAAUGGCUACGGCACAGUCCUUGGGGAGGCUAUUCUCACCUGCAGCAGGCUGUACUGUCACUGGGCAGCGAUGAAGACCGAACCAAUCACAAUUGACGGUGUCAAAGCCAGAUUGACUAUUACCCCGUUCACGAUGCUGCCUGCCGAGCGAGAGGGCAAAGAUGUUGACGCGCAGAAACAAUUCAUCAGAGAUCACAUCAUCGGCAAGGACAACAAGACAGUCUUUGAAGACAAGGCCGCGGUUGAAUUGCUUGCACAGAUGGGGGGUGAUCUGAUGAUCAAUGCAUUCGCCUGCAACUUCGAGCUCGAUGGAGUGGUGAACAAGGAUGUGAUCGAAGCGAACUAUUUCAACACCCGCAUUUUUAACCGCACAGCCUUGACCCAGGAACAUCAAGAGGCAAAGGACUUCCCACUCUAUCUGACCUCCACCCAAUUCGCACAGUCCGCAUACCAGGGCUGCCUCGACACCUACAAGCGUCGCAUGGGUGUUGAGGGUCCACAAGAUCUGUACAGUCUCAUCAACGUCACCAUGGGUCCUUGGUCGACAAGUCACGACUUUGUGCAAACAAUUGCAAACAACCUGAAGAAGAUUGCAGAGGAGGAGCUGGCUUACGUUGUACAUCGCAAUGUACAGAAGCCUACCAUCCACGGCUUCAUACUCCAAGGCUUGGAAGGUGAUAAAGUUUGUGGAGUGCACUUGCCCAUGUUCAAUAUGCAGAACCAUCGAUGGCAGCUCAUCAUCUCUUGCAAACUGCCAGAGACGGAGCACAAUAUGCUUCGCGACAUGAAGAAGCAAGACCCGUCCGCAUGGUUUACCUUUGCCAAUUUGACUGCGGAACAGUUGCCAGCCCUUGUCAAGGAUGGUGCUAGCUUCAAUGCUCGCCUGGACAGAGGGAUACCGCCAGACGGCACGAAGCCGCUCGCAGAGGUCGAGGUCACCGACAUCAAGGUCUUGUACAAACGCUCGAUGCGCCACGAAUUCCUGGAGGCCACAUACCCCGACAAAAUGACAUUCUACGCCUAUUCGGCUCAACGUGGCACUGAUCAGCAAGCUAUCUUCAGUAUCGAUAACUUCCUCAACGUGACGCCGGACAUCCAGCUGAAUGCCGACUCCAUCACCUUCCAGGCCCAGGGAAUGGGCCAAGCCGAUGCCGAAAAACUAGUCAGAGACUCAGGCUGCUGGUUCCGGCUCGUUGAUAUCCAUGAAAGCGCAAUCCAACCUCUCAUUCAAUCAAAAGAUGCUCCCAAGACAUCCUACACGGCUCCGGGUCUCAACUUCGUUGCGGGCGCCGAGUUCGCUUUCGAAGCGCUUUCUGCCGAUCAAGGCCCACCAAAAGAAGACAGCAAGGUUCUUUUCACAGGGAAGUUGACGCUGGGUCAAAACAUCUUUGCAGAUUAUAUCAUGAUCAAUGACGAUGUGUCGCUCCCGAAGGAUCCGCAAGACCAUGUGCACACGCACACGCAUACUCUGGAGACUCAAGUGCUUGGUCUUCCUGUGGCGAAUACUUCAGCGUUGGUGGCGGAGUAUCCGAAUGACAUGACGACCCUUGAACUCAGGGAUCGAUACCAGCAGGCCAGCAUUCGCGGAUUUGAGAGGCAGUUCUCACGCACUCGGGCCAAGGAGGCGGCCAAGGUUGUGGAGGGGUAUGAGAAAAGAGGAGCAAAGGCACCACAGUGGGCCGUCAUGAUGAGCAAGGGAGUCCAUCAUGAUGGGUGA